UGUUCAGAUUUUUUUUUUUUUCUGAGAUGCUAGGGCACUCUCGCCAGUUCUAUCACUGAACUAAUUACACUUUUAGUCCCUCUGACAAUCUUUUUGGAGGUGCUCCAUUGCACAGAAAAUCGCCCCCAUUGAAGAUUCUCAUUCGGAGGCGGGUAGGAACCCUCAGGGGCUGACACUACCUAUAUUAAUGAGAAUUGGGCAAAUUUAGCCACCACCAAUAUUCGUUUAACAACUGGAGCUGCGCAAGCGCAGCGCUUUCGCACCGCUCAAGACUGCGGUUGUGGAUUGGUGGCUUGGAUCACGUGACUGAGCCUCGCCUCUUCCUGGAGGUUGGGGGCCAGUCCGCUGGCUUGUUUCCGGUUCGGUAGGUCCACGAUGACGGAGCCGGGCGCCUCUCCGGAGGACCCUUGGGUCAAGGUCGAGUAUGCCUACAGUGACAACAGCCUGGACCCUGGGCUUUUUGUAGAAAGCACCCACAAGGGGAGUGUAGUGUCCAGAGCUAAUAGCAUCGGUUCCACCAGUGCCUCUUCUGUCCCCAACACAGAUGAUGAGGACAGCGAUUAUCAGCAGGAAUCCUACAAGGAGUCCUAUAAAGACCGGAGGCGGCGUGCGCACACUCAGGCUGAACAGAAGAGGAGGGAUGCUAUUAAGAGAGGCUAUGAUGACCUUCAGACCAUUGUCCCUACUUGCCAGCAGCAGGAUUUCUCCAUUGGCUCCCAAAAACUCAGCAAAGCCAUCGUUCUACAGAAGACCAUUGACUACAUCCAGUUUUUACACAAGGAGAAGAAAAAACAGGAGGAGGAGGUGUCCACCCUGCGCAAGGACGUCACAGCCUUGAAGAUAAUGAAAGUGAACUAUGAGCAGAUCGUGAAGGCACAUCAGGACAACCCUCAUGAGGGAGAGGACCAGGUCUCUGACCAGGUCAAGUUCAACGUCUUUCAAGGCAUCAUGGACUCCCUGUUCCAGUCUUUCAACGCCUCCAUCUCUGUGGCCAGCUUCCAGGAGCUCUCAGCCUGUGUCUUCAGCUGGAUUGAAGAACACUGUGAACCGCAGGUAUGUGGCAGGCGGGUCAUGGGGCCUGAGGCUCUGCCACCUUCAGGCAAAGUGGUCCAAGCCAUCAGAAAAGCAGUGUGGCUUCCUUAGAGUCUCUUCAGGGUGUCCACAAAGCUUAGUACCUUUGUCUUUGCUGCCUAGCCCAGUGAAGGGCUCAUCUGGCAAGCAGGGUGUGAAUAUUCAGUGCCAGGUCCAGCUUGGGCCAUGUCAUUGGUGACUCAUUAGCUACUCUACUCCUUGGCUGCCCUGUGUGGAAGCCAAUAGCUUCAAAUGUCUAGAAAUGUGAGGCAUGCAGAUACCAGAGGCCCCCACCCCGCAACCCCCACCCCCGCAGCUCCAGGGCUUUUUACUGUGCUGGCUUCUACUCUUGAGGCCUGUUUUUUCUCAGAUUUUCUACUUUCUUUUGUUUCUCAACAUUUUCGUUGUGAAAUACUUUACACAAACACUGCCAACGGCUAAGGACUGUUUGAGUGAACGCCAUAUCCAUUGGUCAGUUAUACCAAUGACAAAUUCAUCCUUGUCUCCAUCUUAUUUCAGGGAUCUUGAAAUUAAAAGGAGGCCACACUCCAUUUCAGGGACUUUAUGUACAUGGGUAUUUUGUCUGCAUAUAAUCUGUGUACUACAUGUGUGUGCCUGAUGCCUGAGGCCAGAAGAGGGCAUUGGGUCCCUGAAACUGGACCUGCAGGUGCUUGUGAGCCAUCAGAGGGUGCUGGGAACAGGACCUGGGUCCUCUUCAAGAGCAGCAAGUACUCUUGAUACUGAGACAUCUCUCUCUAGCAACUCCCCUCCCCAAAUAAACAACUUAUUUAGUGAGGGAGGUCAGAGGCAACUUUCCUCCCACUUCCUGUGGGCUCCACGAACUGAGCCCCAGUGACCAGGCCUGCAUGCAAGAGGCUUUCCUGCUGAGUCAUCUCACCAGCCCUUCCUGAGUGCUAGGCAGUGCUCCACCAGGCUGCCAAUACUUGGGUGACUGUUUUGAGUGCCUUCAAGAGCACGGCCAGUCUAGGCAGGUGUCUUACAGGCUCGUGUGUCACCUGAGCACUGCCUUUCCAGACUCUACGGGAGAUUGUGAUCGGUGUCCUUCAUCAGUUGAAAAACCAACUCUACUGACGGUUCCCAGAAACCCGAAGAGCAGCCAACAAGUGGCCUUGAGUGUUUGGUCACGGAACUGCUGGGCCUGAGAUUGGACUGCAACACCUCACACCAGUCAGCUGGUUUCUACUUGGUGUUUGGUUUUCCCAGCCCCACUUGAGCUUCUGAUUAAUUUAUUAUAUUGCCUACAAUGUUGAGCCUAUCCAACCUUCCCCUUCCCAGGAAUAGCAUCUAGGGCAAGUCUGUGCAGGGAACCUCAGAAUCCCGAGCCUCUCAGCCCCUUCUCUACCCAUUGGGUUCCUGCUCACAAUCUAUAUAUACAAUUUGGAAACUGUUUGCCUCUGCUUGGUCUCUUGGGCAACACUUGGCUCAAGUUUGGGUAUUUUGGCAGUUCUUAAGUUAGAGGAAAAAGAAAUAGCCCCAUGGGCAUGAAGGGUAAAAGGCCACCUUGUGUAUAAGCUAAGGCUGUGUGGUCAAUACUAAGUUAAGGCUAGAGUAUUCUAGCCAGCUCAGGGUAGAGCUGCCAGGUUCCUGCUGCCCCUCACAUUCUGCCACCCACUUCUUCAGCUACUGUGGGUGCUACAGGAAACAGUGUCCCAUCAGCUCUUGCCCUGUCUUUCCCCAAAGGCAGCAUUACAUAUUUGAAUUUAUUUUCUAAAUACCAACAGUGCAUUUUUGUUACGUGCAGUUUUCCGAGAUUCUUAGCAGACCUGCAAAGCACCCCAGCCUCUUCUGCAUAAUGUGUGUUUCCGCCCCACGCGUGUGUUGCCUACAUUUCUCCUAGGAUCUGGGGAGAGAGUAAGUGGUACAGAAGAUACCCAAAUCUUCUGGGGGCAGGCAAGGGUGAUACCUUGGGAUUCUCAAAAUGUUGGUGUGUGACACCCUUUCUGUACUUUUAUCCCGUGUUCCCUACUGCCUUCCCCAGGUUUGAUAUCUGGGAGGUUUGAUCAUCCAGAGGAAAUUAAGUAUUUUUAUAUCAAAUUAUAUUACAAUAAAUAUUACAAAUACUUUA